AUGUCCCGCGCGCUCGACACGAUCGCGGUGCUGAUGCCCCUCCCAGCCAAGGCGCUGGAGAAGGUACGCUCCGCCUUCAAGACGGUGCACUAUGCCCCCUCCGGCCCUGACGUGCCCGCCAAGCGCCUCCCAGCAGAAGUCUGGAAGGACGUCGAGGUCUUGUUCUGCGACUGGACCGGGCCGCCCAAGGACUUGGAACUGAGCGAGGUGCCGAAUCUGCGCCAUGUGCAGCUGCCGACUGCGGGCGUUGAUGGCGCGCUCGCCAACUCGAAGCUCGUCCAGGAACUCGCGGCGAGGGAUCCGAGCGCAAGCUCAGAGGGACCGACAGUCUCGAGUGCAAGUGGGAUUCACGUGUUCACGAUCCCGAACUGGGUCGUGGGCAUGACGAUUGCACUGAGCCAGCAGCAUCAUGUUAUGGCCAGGUUUGCGAGGGACUCGUCGCGAGCUAACGAACAGGAACAGCAGCACUGGGCAGACGAGAUGGAGGUCGGGCCGGUGGGCAAGUUCUACAACCGCCCCCUCUGGGGUCGCACGGCCGGCAUGCUAGGCUACGGCGCGCUGGGGCGCGAGACCGCCCGUCUGCUAAAGGCGCACGGGAUGCGCAUCAUCGCGGCCAACUUGACCGGCAAGGCGUCAAAGUUUGAAGACUGGACCCCCGAGGGAACGGGAGAUCUGGACGGUUCCAUCCCGGACAAGUACUACUCCGUCAAAGACGAGGCGCAAUUCGAGCAGUUCUUACGGGACACGGACGUGCUCGUUUGUUCUCUGCCAGGAACGCCGGCGACGAGGCAUCUCCUCGAUGCCAAGAAGCUAGCCCUGCUCAAGCCCGAAGCCCUCUUCCUCAACGUUGGCCGCGGCACAUUGAUUUCAUCGGAGGAACUCCUGAAAGCGCUCGAGUCCGAGGGUCUCUUCGGUGCCGCCAUCGAUGUCGCUGACCCGGAACCCCUCCCCGACGGACAUCCCCUCUUCACCCACCCGAAAUGUAUCGUCACCCCGCAUCUGAGCGGACACGCCAAGGGCGAAGAGGUGCUUGGUGCGGAACUGGCAAUCGUCAAUGCGGAACGGAUCAGGAGGGGCGAGACGCCGUACAACGUUGCGGAUCUGAAGAAGGGAUACUAA